UGGGCGGCGCUGGGUACCGAAGACGACGUGAACACACUGAGUGUAUGCGCAGCCUUCAUGAAAGCCAACAGAGAAGUGAAGCGCCUAUUUGUGGGUGGCCUUGGUCAGAACAUUUCCAAGGCAGACCUACAAAAUCAGUUCAGCAGAUUUGGAGAAGUUUCUGAUGUGGAGAUCAUCACACGAAAAGAUGACCAAGGAAACCCACAGAAAGUCUUUGCAUAUAUCAACAUCAGAGUAGCAGAAGCAGAUCUGAACAAAUGUAUGUCUGUUUUAAAUAAAACAAAAUGGAAAGGUGGAACACUACAAAUUCAGCUAGCAAAACAAAGUUUUUUGCACAGAUUGGCCCAGGAGAGAGAAGAAGCAAAAGCAAAGAAAGAAAAAUCAACAAUAGGCAACACCAGCUUUUUGGAAAAGAUGGGAGUGGUGGAUUUCCAUGUGAAAGCCGUGCCAGGGACAGAAGUACCAGGUCACAAGAAUUGGGUUGUGAGUAAAUUUGGAAGAGUAUUACCUGUCCUUCACCUAAAGAAUCAACAUAAACGUAAAAUCAUGAAGUAUGACCCAUCAAAAUACUGCCACAACUUAAAGAAGAUCGCAGAGGAUGUCGCUCAUGCCACCCCUGUGUCCAGCCUUACCUGGGAACUGGAAGGAGGGGAUGACCCUAUGAGUAAGAAGCGACGAGGGGAGUUCUGUGCUGUUCACAGCACCCCCCAGGAGGUGAUCAAAGCACAAAAGGACGAGGCAUCCGCUGCUUUUCCAGCUGUGAGAGCAAGACCCCGCAUGGUCCCGGGCAGUCUGUACCCCACACAGCAGGAGGUGGCACAGGAAGCACUCUGUAAACCCGUUCCUGCUCAGUUACCCUGUGUUCCUGCUCCUCAUAGCCAGAAACUUAACAGUGUGUUUGUUCAGACUUCUGGCCCAGGAGCUACCAGGCACAGAAAUCACAUGUCUGAAGAAGAGAUGCGGUUACUGAUCGCAAGAGAGGAAAGCCUGGGGAAAACCACAUGGUCCUCAGUGGGUGACUCUGGAAAUGAGCCCUUUGAAGUCGUACGGGGGGACUUCACAUCAGGUGUUCAUAAGCUGCGUUCUGUAACAGCUUUAGGUGUCAGUAAUGUGUCCUGCCGGGAUGGGAAUGGGAAUGCCGUGGGAAACGACUGCAACUAUGAUUCAGGAGAUACGGAUGAGAUCAUCACAGCAAAGAAAAGGACCAGUGAGGUCAAAAACAAUGCAGAGUUUUCACAAAUGGAAAAGUCUGCACACAAGAAAACGUUUUUGAAAAGUAGAAAGAACUGUGUUAAAGCGCAAAAAAGAAAGACCAACCCAGAGCAAGCCAUCAGUCCCAGGGUUACAGCCCACUACAGCAGCAGGGCAGAGGCAGGUUCUGCGUCAGAAUCUGCCGAGCCUUCGGGAGAUGAGGACUAUGAUGCCAUGAUGCAAAACUGCCCCCGUGUGCGGCUCACCUUAGCUGGUCUGGAACAGUUGGCUGGCGGCGUCCUGCAGGCUCCAGAAGAAGAUCCUGAGAGCAGUGGCCAGGAGACCACCGCCAAGUGUGACAGGACUCUGGGUGGCCUGCACAGAGCAGCCCAGCCAUGUAUCUGUCCCGAGGACAUUGUGGCUGCCCUUUUAGAAGGAGAAGAGAACACCUGUGGAAAACAGAAACCAAAGGGAAACAACUUAAAGCCAAAAUUCCAGGCUUUCAAGGGAGUAGGCUGUCUCUACGGAAAGGAAUCAAUAAAAAAACCCUUGAAAGACAUUGUCACUUCUGACGAUAUAAAUAAAGGUCAGAAUUCCUUGAAACUUGAUCCCAGUAGCAUGUCCAUGGAGAAGGGGUCCCCAUCAAGCAAACUAACUCCUCUCCAACAUGCAAAGAAGACAAAUGACCCAAACCAAACUCAGCCUCAAAAGAGACGUUCUACUUUCCAGAGCCAGGAUCACAAGAUGGUGUCCCCUAGCAGUUUGGAAGAGGGAGUUAGGAAUCCUAUUUCUAGUCUUUUGCCAUUAAAAGAUAAAUAUUUAAGUCUUGGUGCAAAGACCCCCAAGGUAGACUUUGAUGAAGACUGCGGCCGCAGGACCGGGGAGACCGGAGAGGGCUCUGGACAGAGCAGCCACCCGGCGCCUGGGAAAGCACCAGAGGGCUCCUCCAGCAGAGAUGCUCAGGGAAGCAACACCAACUUCCCACUUUCCGUGAACAGUUGGUCCCAUGUUCACACUAAGGAGAAGCAUGCUGAAGACAAUCAGAAGCGUUUGGCAGCCUUGGACGCAAGGCAGAAAGCAAAGGAAGUGCGGAAGAAGCUGGUUCAUAAUGCCCUGGCAGACUUGGAUGGUCAUCCAGAGGGCAAGCCAACACACAUCAUCUUUGGCUCUGACAGCGAGACAGAGGAGCAAAACCACAUGGGAGAGGAGCCCCUGAAGGAGUCCGUGAGCAGAGCAUCUGGGAGGCUCUUUGACAGCAGUGAAGAUGAAGAAGCUGGCUCCGAAGACGACAGUCACAGGUUCAGAAUUAAACCUCAGUUUGAGGGCAGAGCUGGGCAGAAGCUCCUGGACUUGCAGUCUCACUUUGGCACUGACGACAGAUUCCGCAUGGACUCCCGAUUUCUGGAAAGUGACAGUGAAGAGGAACAGGAAGAGGUAAAUGACGAGAGAACAGCAGAGGAAGAGGAACUUGCUGCAGAGAAGCUCAAAGCCCUGAACGUCAUGCAGAGUGUUUUGCACACCACCGUGAGCAAUUCUGCACACAAAGGAUCGGUAGCUGCCAAGAAAUUUAGGGAUGUCGUACAUUAUGAUCCAACGAGGCAUGACCACGCCACUUACGAAAGGAAGACCGAUGAUAAACCAAAGGGAAGUAAAGCAAAACGGAGGAAGCAAAGGGAGGAGGCCGAGAAGCUGCCUGAGGUGUCUAAAGAGAUGUAUUAUAGCGUUGCUGCGGACAUAAAAGAACUAUUUCACACUACAAAAGUCACCAGUGAAACAGCAGACGACAUACCUUCUAGUGAGAAUCGUGAUGGCGAGAAAGUUGACAUCUACCACCCGGCCACUCUGACGACAGGGGCCAAGCAGCCUGGCGGGUUCACAUUCUCAUUUUUUGAUUCAGACGCUAAAGAUGUAAAGGAAGACACCUACAAAGCUGAGCCGGUGAAAACCGGUAAGGUUGUCUGGCAGGGAGCCCCUCGUUUCCAAGAUAGCAGUUCCGAAGAGGAGGAUAUUGCCGAAGAAGAAAUGGAAGACAGGAAGCCCAGCCCCAGAGAAGUAUUACCUGAGGAGACCACUAGAUUUUUCUUUUUUUCUAAGAAUGAUGAAAGACUUCAUGGUUCUGAUUUAUUCUGGAGAGGAGUGGGGAAUAAUAUUAGCAGGAAUUCUUGGGAGGCCAGAACAAACAACUUGCGGAUGGACUGCCGGAAGAAACAUAAGGAUGCCAAAAGGAGAGUGAAACCAAAAUAACUGUCAGCAUUGGUUUUGAUACAAAUGUGAAGAAGGCUCACCUAUGGAAACUGGGUGAUACAGAAAAUAAUUUUAAACGAGAAGAACUCACAGUGAAAAAGUAUUCAAAAUCUGCCUGAUAUCACUCUGCUAUCUUUUUCUGUGGAUUUCCUCUGUAUCUCUUCCUAAAACUCUUCAAAAAAAUAACCUGAACUUUUUUUUUAACAAAGCACAAGACAAUCCCCCAAAAUGCUUUUUAUGUUAUAAUCUCUGUGCUAUCCUCAGUAACCACUAGGUAUUUCUAAUGCGGGGUUUACAUAAAGUCUUUAAAUGUAUGGGUAAGAGCACUUAUAUUUUCCAAAUUUGGCUUUGUGUGAAUUAUAUGCUACUUGAAAUAUUUAUUUCUGAUUGUAUAGAAUAUACUUUACCUCCAUUU